AUGCCCAAGUACGCCAAAAACCAUUCCGUCGGCUUCAAAAACGCCAUCAAAAGAGUCGCCAUUGUCGGCGCUGGAGGUACCAUUGGAUCGCACAUCGUCAACGCCUUUCUAGAGACCGGAAGACACACAGUCACGGCCCUUACCCGCAAAAACAGUGGUAACAAACUUCCUGAGGGCAUAUUAAUCGCCUCAGUCGACUACGAUGAUGAGGCCACCAUUGUUGCCGCCCUUAAGGGCCAGCAAUUUUUGAUCAUAACCAUGGCCCCUACCGCACCACGGGACACCCACAGCAAGCUUGUCCAGGCGGCUGCCAAGGCCGGAAUUCGCUACGUCAUGCCUAACGGAUACGGAGGCGACAUUGAAAACAUUGAACUCGGCGAAGACACAAUGCUGGGGCCCGUAGCCAAGGCUAACAGGGACGAGAUUGAGAGGCUCGGCAUGCAGUGGAUCACAAUUUGCUGUGGGUUCUGGUACGAGUACAGCUUGGCAGGUGGUGAUGCGCGCUUUGGAUUCGACUUUGACAAGCGUUGCCUGACAAUAUAUGACGAUGGCAACACCAAGAACUCGAUGUCGACCUUAUCGCAGGUUGGGCGCGCCGUGGCCAAGGUCCUGAGCCUCAAUGAGCUUCAUGAGGACGAAAACGACAAGAGCCUUACUCUGUCGACUUUCCUCAACAAGGGCGUGUACAUUAAGAGCUUUGUGGUCAGCCAAAACGAGAUAUUUGAGAGCGUCAAGCGCGUCACGGGCACUAGUGACGCUGACUGGACGGUUACCCGUGAGGCUACCAAGAAGCGAUACGAAGAUGGCCUGGCGCUAGUUAAAGGUGGUAACAUGGCUGGUUUUAGCAAGCUUCUCUACGCGAGGGCAUUUUACCCGGAUGAUCCGAGUAAUUGCUCGGUCAAGGCACAGAAUGAGCUGCUUGGGUUGCCGGAGGAGAGCCUGGAUAAGUUCACCCAAGUUGGGAUAGAUAUGGUCAAGGAACUGCAACGUCGCCCUGAGCGUAUGGCGUCAUAG